AUGAUAACAGGAACAGGAUCCAAGGCAUGUACCCUGUUCUAUCACUCAUGCCACAAUUUCGUACCUUAUCUGGAGUGCCUUGGGUAUGGCCAGUGUCCGACCCUGAAUGGGAACUCACUGUGCAACGGGGCUGUGAUCCAUCAAGGCAGUGUCGGCCCCCAGCCAGAACUAAAAAUCCUCGAUGGGUCAAAAGGGCACGAACAGCGCUAG